AUGGCCACUCCGAGCUAUUUACAGAAUCUUAACGAAGCUCAGUAUCGCGCGGUUACCUCUACCCCGGCCGGUGCCUUACAGAUCCUGGCUGGUCCAGGCAGCGGCAAGACGCGAGUUCUCACUUGUCGCGUUGCAAACUUGAUCAUAGGUCAUGAAAUCCCAGCACCUUCCAUAUGUGCCGUAACAUUCACCAAUAAGGCCGCAGCAGAGAUGCGCGUUCGGCUCACUCGUUUAGUUGGUCCUAGCGAGACCUCCCGAUUGGUGAUUGGCACCUUCCAUGCCAUAUGUGCCAAUUAUCUUCGAAAGUACGGUACGGCAAUUGGGCUAGCUACUAAUUUCUCGAUUUGCGAUAGCGAUGAAAGCAAGAAGACCAUAUCUACUUUACUACAGAAACACACCUCCGAGAUCGAGUCAAUUGGAUUGGAUCUCAAAGAGCCAAUCGUGCGCUCUAUGAUAUCUAAAGCCAAAGCCACCGGCCAAACACCGCAGGAAAUGCUUCGCAUAGCUUCUUCGGUCUCGACACAAGACAAGAUUCAGGCUGCAGUUGCACUCAUAUACGAAGAAUACGACGCCGUACUGCGUGCAGCUAAUGCACUAGAUUUCGAUGACCUUUUGGUUAUGGGUCUGAAGGUGCUGAAAGCGGCACCAAGGGCUAUUGCAAAGUUGCGCCAUGUUUUAGUUGAUGAAUUUCAGGACACGAAUACUAUGCAGUACGAACUUAUGAGAGUUCUCGCUGAUGCAUGUGGUCGAUGCGUCAGUGUGGUCGGUGACCCAGAUCAGUCUAUUUAUGGGUGGCGCUCUGCUGAUGUGACCAAUUUGUCUCGGAUGCGCAAAGAUUUUCCCGGAACAAACACAAUUUAUUUGGAGGAAAACUACCGUUCUACAGGAUCGAUUGUUUCCAGCUCCCUUGCUAUAGUUUCUCAAGGCACGUUGUUCUUACUUGCUUCUGCACACAAUCUAUUUCAUCAUAAAUUUCAGACAAGCAACGCGGAAUUUGGAUCAGCUACUGAAGAAGCAAGCUUUCUCGCGCGGGAGUUGAGAAGAGUGGUUGCAAGCUCUGGGGGAAUGAUUGGGUACGGUGACUGUGCUGUUCUACUACGUUUUAAUGCCCUAUCCCGGGUGAUCGAAUCCGCACUUCAACAGGAAAGUGUUCCGAGUCGAGUGUUAGGAGGCCACAAGUUCUUUGAACGCGCAGAGGUGAAGGACUUGUUGGUCUAUUUACAGUUAGCCGAUAAUCCGGCGUUUACUCCAGCAUUUGUGAGAGCCGUAAACGUGCCGAAACGCGGAGUUGGGGAAAAGUCUGUUGCUGAAAUCGUUUCUCGGGCAUCGUCUGAAAAGACCAGCGCAUUCAACGUAAUAGAGCGAAUUUGCGAUGGCAUGGCCCCUGACAUUAAACCACCUAUCAAACGAAAAGUAUCAGAGUUAGUACGCCUCAUCAGACAAUUAAGGAAAUGGGCAUCAGAGGGCGUCCUUGCCGCGGACCUCAUCAGACGCACAGUUGAUGAUAUUGGGUAUGAGGCACAUCUUCAGCGCACCCAACCGGACUGGGAAACACGCUGGGAAAACGUACAGGAGUUAAUCAACUUUGCUGCCGGAGUUGAACUCCCAGAACCGGAGGUUUUGAAUUCUGAAGAUGAAGGUGACUAUUUGGAGCACGAUGUGGGCGCGUAUCCCUCAGAAAGUGAGGAAUUGGCUGCUGGUAGUACCACUUUGGAAACCAUGAGCAGCAGCAAACCCGGCAGUACGAAAGGACUUGCCGCUACAAACCCUCAAAAGCAAGCCGGAAAACUUUUGGCCCGGUCAUCGGGAUCACAGGGACGAGAUACAAUAACCAUGAAGCAGGCAACGUUGUCAAGUUGGCGAAGCGCCUCGAGGCCCAACUCCACUCUGCCUCAACCACAACAGCCAGAACCACUGGACGACGAUGUUCUGGACUUGACUGGCACUGAUGAUGAGGAAAUCUCUUCGGAAAAACUUAUCGAUGGAGAUGUUCCCACCAAGAAGCUACUACAGCCACGACGAGACAACCAACAAACCCCGCUCAGAGCGUUCCUUCAAGCCUCUUUAUUAUCAACUGACAGCGAGACCAAGGAAGAGGAAAGCAAAGGCAAAGUUACCAUAACCACUUGCCAUGCUGCCAAAGGCCUCGAAUGGCCAGUUGUAAUUGUUCCUGCAGUGGAAGGUGGAACCUAUCCGUUUUACAGAGCAGAAGAUGUAGAAGAGGAACGCAUGUACCCGAGCACAAGCAUUGCUGUACCUUACCCACUCGAGCUCCAGAAUGGUUGGAGUUUUGUGACGUCGGUCAAUCCAGGGGAAACCCGAAAGACGACUUUGUCCGAAUUUGUAACAUGUAUAAUUCAACAAGAUCUACGCAAUCUUCCGCUGUUGACCAAAGAUGAGCUUGUAGUGUUCGGCAAGAUCCUUUCACGAGCGGUCCCAUCGAACGAAGUUAUCCAAAAAGGUCUUCGAGAAUUCCGUCGUGUACCACGGCUGCGGGAUCACGAACGCGAUGAGCCAGUCGAUAUAGACGAAGCCUCGAACCCCUCUUGGAAAUACACGGCUAAUGAAUCUGGGAAUGCUAGCAGGGCUGCAAGACCAUCUUCGAUUGCCGCUUCACACGAGGGAUUCACUACCUUUUCACUUGCAUCUGUUCGAUCAUUUGACCAGGUAACUACAGCUGGCUCAAAGAAGGUGCGAAUGAAUGUUGGUGAUGGUGCUACGGGUACUCCCAGGCUGAGUUCCUCAACGAACUCGGGGCAAACCAUCAAACCGAAGAGCGCAAGCGGACUUGCUUAUCUGAGUCGAGGACCAACUGCUUCGCACUCGUCAAAACAGGUUAGUGCUCAGGCUAAACCUCUCUCAAGCUCCACGAUAGGCACCAGCACUUCGAAAGUGGCGGUCGCGCCCCCCAAGCCAGCCAAUUCGGCGUUUCGGCCGCCAACUUUUAUCGCGAACGGCGCAACCCCAAAUGCUGCCUCGGCCGUGGCUGGGGCUAAGAGGCGGUUGGGAAUGGGGCAUUUCGCUGGUGGCGCACUGUCAGCGCAAAAGUUUCGCCAGGUCGAGAAGGGGGUAAAAUCCGGGAACGAUACGUGA